CAACAGCUGAGGCAGAGAAAGGCUUCCGAAGUGUUGGGGAGCUGGGGUGAUCAGCUCCCUGACUUCUCCAGGAGUUUAAGAAGGGGACAGAUUUGUGAAGAUGGGAACUAUACAAGAGGCAGGAGAAAAGAUACUGGAUCUUGGGGUCAUGGAGAAUGCAGAAGCAGCAGGACUAGCAGCAUCCCUGAGACUUGGGGAACUGGAGCUGAAGGAGGAGUGGCAGGAUGAAGAAUUCCCUAGUUUGCUUCCUGAGAAGGCUGACUCUUCUGAAGAUCCUGACAAUCCUAAAAGAGACUCACAGGCAGGAACGCCCAGCACUUUAGCCCUGUGUGGCCACCGUGCCAUGCGGAAGCGUCUUUCGGCCCCCGAUUUGCGACUGAAUUUGACAAAGGGGCCUAGAGAUAAUGAAGCUUCUUCCACCUCCUCAGCACCUUCCUCUCCUGAUGGUAGCUCUGACCUGGAAGUAGACGAAUUAGAGACACCUUCAGGCUCCGAGCAGCUGGACAGCGGACAUGAAUUUGAGUGGGAAGAUGAGCUGCCCCAGGCGGAGGGUCUGGGAGCCAGUGAGGCAGCUGAAAGGCUGGGCCAGGGUUGUAUGUGGGAUGUGGCUGGAGACCAUGGUCAUCGCUGGAGGGUGUUCCGAACAGGGCAGCGGGAGCUGCGAGUGGACAUGACAGUCAUUGAGCCGUAUAAGAAAGUCCUGUCUUAUGGAGGUUACCAUGGUGAUGGCCUCAAUGCUGUCAUCCUCUUUGCUUCCUGUUAUCUACCCAGAAGCAGCAUCCCCAACUACACCUAUGUCAUGGAACACUUAUUUAGGUAUAUGGUGGGAACUCUAGAGCUGCUGGUAGCUGAAAAUUAUCUGCUUGUUCAUUUGAGUGGAGCCACAGUCCGGGCUCAAGUUCCACCUCUGAGCUGGAUACGCCAGUGUUACCGGACUCUGGAUCGGCGGAUAAGGAAGAACCUGCGCGCGCUGGUGGUUGUCCAUGCUACGUGGUACGUGAAGGCAUUUUUGUCGCUGCUUCGACCCUUCAUCAGUUCCAAGUUCUCGAGAAAGAUUCGUUUUCUGAAUAGCCUGGGAGAACUGGCCCAACUCGUCUCCUUGGAUCAGAUCCACAUCCCUGAAGCUGUCAGAGAACUGGACCAGGAUCUCCAUGGCUCAGGAAGGACCUAGCAUGGGAUGGCAAUAAAGGGUCUUAGUACCAAGCAAAGGUAUUGAUCUGCCUACACCCUAACCCAUCGCUGGAUCUUCACAGCCCGAUGGGGUGUCAUUCCUCCUUCAACCUUGCCUUCAAAGCAGAGCUUUGAGGUCUGGAACUCGAUCUGCUGGGAGACUUCGUUUCAGCAUGUAGUGGCAUUUUGUACCGGAAAGUGCGAAGCUGCGGGUCUUAGUCUUGCUUGAGCUGUAGGACCUUGGGCGGAUAACUUCAUCUCAGUGAGUCAUUUUCACCCUCUUAAAGAAAGGGCCCGAGGUCCUUUCCGCCUGGGGUAUUCUAGCAGUCUGUGAGGGCCAGGGGCUAUGGGAAGGGCACCGCCUAACACAGGCAGCCUGCUGGGAGCCAGACAGGAGUCCGCUGGGGAAUCUUGGAGAACCCCUGUAAGCCCCUCUUCCUCAGUCAUGUCUGCUGCCUGUGAGCCUGGGAAGAAGUGCUUUUCAAACUUUUCUUAGCCAUGGCCGGGACUCAGCUGGUCAGAGGCAUGGUUGCAGGUUCCAUCCCCUGUCAGGGCACGUCCAAGAAGCAACCAAUGAACACAUAAAUAAGUGGAACAACAAAUGGAUGUUUCUCUCUCUCUCCUCUCUCACACAAAUCAGUUUAUAAACACA